CCCGAGGAAUAUCAACACUUAUGUGUUGUACGGGCUUUUGUCAAAUGGAUCCUUGUAUCAGGUUUGAAAGAAGGUUACCUUUUUCGCAAGAUUCGAGCCAAUGAUCGCCUUGCUGAGGAAAAUGAGCCCAUGACCUCAGAACAAUUUCUUGAGAUGUUUCGGAACAAUCUUCUUGACAUAGGUGUUGACUUCGUUCCAUAUGGAACACACUCGUUCCGACGUGGUGGGUGCCAGUGGCUUUCUGUAGAACGCCGUUGGCCUUUGCGUCAGAUCUGUGAGUGGGGUGGAUGGAGUCAGGAAUUCACACAUCUGACUAUCGUGAAAUACCUUAUUUCAUGGAACGACAACCCUCAUGUUGAUCGCGAUGAUUUUUUCAACAUGAACCGUGCGCCUACUACUGCCUGUCCUACUUGUAAUCGCACAUGCCAUUGUGCUUGA